AUGAAGUCGCUAGAUUGUUGCCAAGGCCACUGGCUAAGCUCGCUUGUAACGCUGCUGCCUGGAACAACAUUAUUAAGUCCACCUCCAAAAGCACUAGUAGCAAGAACCGGAGCAGCGAUAGAAUUGACAACAGGAGUAUUGGCAGCAACACUAGGAAUAUUCCUAGCAACAUCCAUCAGCCGAUUACCUCCAGCACCUAAGCCCAUACCAAUUGACUUCAAGCCUUCUGGUAGCUUCGGUGGCAAGUCAGGAUCGUUAGCACGGUCAAGUCUCACACUGCUGAUUGUGGAGCAUAGAGAUAGCCUGGACAGACUCAACAGGGUGGUCGUACUCUACGACACCGAACCCACGGGACUUUCCGUCCUUGUCCUUGCCCAACUCCACGUGCAAGACUUUGCCAGCGAGCUUGAAAACUUCCAGAAGUUUUUUCUCGUCGACUUUGUAGUCCAGGUUCGCUACAAACACUCGGUGUUGCCGAAUUUGUCUCCGUUGCUGCCCAAGACUGAGCCAGAGCUGACUAAACUUCCUCGGCCCACGUUUGAACGCGAAGAAUCGCGGAAGCGGUCGUCUCUUGAGCGGUCGUGGUCCCGGGAGGAUUGCAAUCGACCCUUCCGUCCUUUAAUAUCAAAUCUGUGCAUUUUUUCAACAGCGACUUUAACACUGUCCGAGUCUUCAAACUCAACAAUCCCGCACCCACGUGGCUUAUCAUUCUCAUCAGUGAACAACUCAACGUGGGCGACUUUUCCUACUUCAGUGCGGAACAAGUCCUUGAGAUCUUGCCAACGAAAGUCGUAG